AUGAACGUUGUGGAGAAGUCCUUGAAUUGUUUCAUCGAGAAGAAAUUGCGAAUGCAGAGAUUUCGUCUCUUCGUGAUCCUUCGUGAUCAUCAGUUGUUUUCGAUGAUUGACAGAUGGAUGGCGUUAGUUCUUGAUCAUGGUGUUCGUGAGAUGCUCCUAAAUGUCAAUGUGCAUUCUGGAGGUUUAUUUAGAUAUGAUCAUUUUUAUCCUCUGCCUGGAACAGCGUUUGUCACAGUUUCUUCCAAGUUUUAUUCUCUUCAGAAGCUAAAAAUGGAUGGUAUUAUUAUAAGCGAAAAUAUUAUGCGAAACAUUGUCCGUAACUGUCCUAACCUUGAGUAUUUUUUUCUUUGGGGUUUUCGUGGACUGAAAACCCUUGAGAUUUCUAAACUUGAUAAACUUGCUAUAGUUAUAAUUGGGGUUCGAAGCAAUGGUGGAGGCGAACUUGAGAGAGUUUAUAUUGAUGCACCAAAUCUUAAAAAAUUCAGUCUGAAGACUUAUUACGCAAGAGAACUACCUCGGAAUAUUAACUUGACUGGAAUUAAUUUGACAUCCUGUCAUCUCCUAAAGACACUACAUUUAAGUAAAUGUGGCAUCACGGAUGACUCGUUUCAUUCGCAUCUUUCUAGAUUUUCCCUCCUUGAGGACCUUGAAAUUAGUGAUUGCCGCAUGUUGCGAAGGAUUAAGAUUUCCGUGCAACGACUUAAGGGACUUCGACUUGGGGGCUGUGAAAAGAUUGAAAUGAUUGAAAUUGAUGCUCCAAUUCUAUCUUCUUUUAGAUACAAGGCUUGUAACAUGCCUGUCUUAUUUUCGAAGAACAUUCCAUGUCCAAUGGAAAUCAGUUAUUCAAUGCACACCAGAGGCAGGCAAGUUAUCAGUUCUUGGUUUCUUGACUUAAGGAAAUUUCUUGGAGCUUCACCUCAAAGAAAACACUUUAAGCUAAUGCACAAUGAGAGCGAGGUUAGUUUUGAUCUUGAAGAAUUAGAAGAAGUUGAGAUUUCACCGGUGUUCCAAGUUGACUAUUUAGAGCUAGUUUCUUAUAGCUUAAAAGAGGACCUAGAUUGUGGAUCUCUUAUAGAUGGUCUACUCUGGAGUUGUCAUCCAAAGACGAUAUUUGUUCCGUCGGACUCUGUGUUCCUAAUAAAUUGCAUAAAGGUUCUUUGCGAGAAGCUAUUGGACAAGGAACAACCGGAGUGUUGCACUUCUUCUCGCGUCAAAUGUUGGCGUCAUGAAUUAAGAGGUGCAAAGAUUGAGAUGUUCAGAGGCAUUAAAGACGUUCAGGUGCUAGAUUUCCCACAUUUGUUGGAAUCAUUGUCAUCUCUUACAGAAGAUCAUCAAGUACACUUUAAGUUGGAGUGGAAUUUUUGAAAUCUAAACUAUUUCAGAGCAUCGUUUUGUAUUGACGCUGGUAAGAUUUUUUUUUUUUUUUUUUUUUUUAAAUUUAAAUGGGUUAUUCACACUAGUGCUUCGUAAACUUUGAAGUUCUUCCCACUGUGCCCCUUCAAUUUUGAAAAUUCCAUUGUUCUCCCACUUUGCCCCUUCUCUUUAGUUUUACAUCAAAAACACUAGCAGGGGUGGACCAACGCCACAACCAUGUGUUAUCUUUUGGUCCGUUUGGUGAACA